CAGUUACAUAGCCGGGAGCUCAGAGAACACCAGGUCAGGCGCUGUCUAUGUUUGGUGUCUGGUUACAAAGAGAGGCAUGUUGUGGGUGAGAGAGGACAGGGAGAAGCACAGGAAGCAGUGACUAUGUUCACUACCUGAGUAGAGCCACCUCAAGGACACAGAGCGUACAAGCUUCAGUACAGAAGAAACCCACUGGCUGUGUGCUGCAGACCAAAGUCACUGAUUACCGGCUUUCCUUUCAGCUGUGUGUGUACCCAUCUGCCUGGUCUCAGAAAGUGAUAUAGGGAAAUGGCUGAGGCCCAUCAGGCAGUGGGCUUCCAGUUCACUGUGCGCCCGGACGGUGUGGACGUGAAGCUGAGUAAGGAGGUCAUCAAAACCAUCUACCUGUCUUCACUCAAUGCCUGGAAGAAGAAAGCCAUUCAGUUGAAGAAUGGAAUACUGACUGAAGUUUACCCCACCAGUCCGUCCAGUUGGUUGAUAGUUGUGAUUGCCAUGAUGAUGUCCUUGUAUACUGGCACAGAUCCCCCUCUAGGAAUAAUAAAUACCAUCAAGGAAAACCUGCCUUACAAAGACUGUUUGUCAGCGCAGGCCAGAGCAGUUCUGAGCGCCAUCCUGUUUGCCACAGCAGUAUGGCUGAUCUUCAUCCAGUUCUUGCGAUUCACUCUAAAGAUUCUUCUUUCCUACCACGGAUGGAUUUUUGAAUCCCAUGGAAAGAUGAGGACAUCUACAAAAGUGUGGCUGAGCCUGGUAAAAAUGUUCUCUGGACGAAGGCCCCUGCUCUACAGCUUCCAGGCUGUCUUACCCCGUCUCCCCGUCCCUCGAGUGGAUGACACCAUUGAGAAGUAUCUUGAGUCAGUGCGCCCUCUGCUGGACGACAAACAAUACAAACAAAUGGAAAUUUUGGCACAUAACUUUAAAGAAAAUGAGGCAUCUCUGCUCCAAAGGUACCUGGUGCUAAAAUCCUGGUUGGCACCAAAUUAUGUAAGUGACUGGUGGGAGGAAUACAUCUACUUAAGGAGCAGAAGUCCUAUAAUGGUCAACAGCAACUUUUACAUCAUGGACUUUUUGUAUGUGACCCCAACACACCGUCAGGCCGCCCGGGCAGGAAACAUAGUUCAUGCCAUGCUGCAGUACAGGCGCAAGCUGGAGCGUGGUGAACUUGCACCGAUGAGGGCUUUAGGGACAGUUCCCAUGUGUUCCACUCAGAUGGAGAGAAUGUUUAACACCACUCGUAUCCCUGGUAUGGAAACAGAUUUUAUACUGCAUCUGACAGACCGAAAGCACCUCGUUGUCUUCCACAGAGGCCGCUACUUCCAAGUGUGGUUGUACACGGGGGAGCGCCACCUCUUACCCAGCGAACUGGAGAACCAGUUUCAACAGAUUCUCAAUAAUACGUCAGAACCCCAGCCAGGAGAACUGAAACUAGCUGCCAUCACUGCAGGAGACAGAGUACCUUGGGCACGGACUCGGCUUAAAUAUUUUAGCCAGGGACUGAACAAGAAAUCCCUUGAUGCCAUUGAGACUGCCUCAUUCUUCCUGACACUCGAUGAAGAGCCAGAGGGUUAUGAUCCAGGAAAGGUUUCCUCACUUGAUACUUAUGCCAAAUCCCUAAUGCAUGGCAAAUGUUACGAUAGGUGGUUCGACAAGUCUUUCAACUUAAUUUCAUAUCCAAAUGGAAAGAUGGGAGUCAAUAUUGAGCACUCUUGGGCUGAUGCACCCAUUGUUGGACACAUGUGGGAGUAUGUUCUUGCAACAGACUGCUUUCAACUUGGCUACACAGAGGAGGGACAUUGUAAAGGGGAUGUAAACAGGGGCCUUCCUUCUCCCACUCGAUUAAAGUGGGAGAUUCCAGCACAGUGCCAAGAUGUCAUUCAUGCUUCAUACUUGUUAGCCAGACACCUAGCUGAUGAUGUGGACUUCCAUGCCCAUCUGUUCACUGAGUUUGGCAAAGGCCUGAUCAAGAAGUGCAAGACAAGCCCUGAUGCCUUCAUUCAGCUGGCUCUGCAGCUCGCACAGUUCAGGGAUCAAGGUGUGUUCUGUUUGACAUACGAGUCAUCAAUGACCCGUAUGUUCAGAGAUGGGCGGACUGAGACGGUGCGCUCCUGCACCUCUGAGGCUGCUGCUUUUGUCCAGGCCAUGGAGGAUCCAGAUGCAACAAAUGCCCAGAGACUUGCACUGUUCCAGAAAGCAGCAGACAAGCAUCAGAACAUGUAUCGUCUGGCCAUGACUGGUGCCGGUAUCGAUCGGCAUCUCUUCUGCCUUUACAUAGUAUCUAAAUACCUCAGUGUUGAAUCACCAUUUCUUAAGAAGGUGCUGUCCGAGCCAUGGAAGCUGUCCACCAGCCAGACUCCUCAGCAGCAGCUUAAUUUAAUUGAUAUCAACAAGUUUCCAAAUUAUGUGGGUGCAGGAGGUGGAUUUGGACCUGUGGCGGAUGAUGGGUAUGGUGUUUCUUAUAUCAUUGUUGGGGAAAAUCUCAUUACAUUCCACAUCUCCAGCAAAUUCUCCAGGCAUAACACAGACUCCACUCGGUUUAGUCAGCACAUUCGGAAAGCCAUGAUUGAUAUCCAGACUCUUUUCAAGCAAGAAAAUGACAAGGGAGCGGUGAAGAAUGGAAUGGAUGUGCAUUUGGAAAAUAAUAAAAAGGACAAGUAGGACUCUGUGGGGAGUUGUUUUGUUGGUGAGUUUCCAUCAACUAAAAGAAUUGCAUUUUUACUUAUGCUUUUCUGGUGAGCCAGGUCACAGGAGAUGGGCAUUCCACUCAAAGAGAACAGUUAUCACUCCUCUAAUUUAUUGCUGUUUUACAUGCUUGAGUUGCUGUACAUUCUAAUUUAAUGAUGGGAUUUUUAUGGCAUCUUCUUUUCUCCUUGUCAACGUAUUCUGACCAUAAAUCUAGUGCAAUCUGAUGUCAAAAAAUGAAAUAAAGUAAAUGAAUAAAAACAAAGACACAA